UGACGACGACAGUUUGACAAGGAGUUCUAGAAGCAAACUUCUAUCCGAACGAAGCAGACUACACCUGGAAACACAGAGCUUGUCUAUAAAACGAAAAAGGUUUCAGCUCGACGUGCCACUAUAUAUAUAUAUAUCAAGAUCAGGAUGCGAAACAUGCAAGUUUUGGUCCAGACGCGCGACGGCAAGAAGACCGUCUACGAGGUGGAUAGCUUAGGAACGGUGGCCAGCCUGAAGGCACGGAUCGGGCGAGCCAUGUCCGUGCCCAUGGGCUUCAGUCGGCUGUCCUACAAGGGUCGCGAGCUGUCCAAUCAGAGCAUACUGGAGGAUUUGGGGCCCUGUAAGUCCGCCCUGGAUCUCACCUGGAAGCCGGUCGUCGUGGCGCAUAAGCAGGGCGACAAGUUCGACAUGAUGGACGAUUGGAAAAUUAUGUUUACAUUGAUCGGCGGUUACCAGCUACGCCAAGAACACCCUGGUGGCAUAGUCAAUCCACCGGACGGCGUCAGUCAACGAAACGCAGAUGACAGUGAUGAACCGGAGGCCCAAGACUUGACUGGACUCGAUGUGUCCUCAACUGAAACCGAUGAUUUACCGGUCAACGGACAGACGGAGCUGGAGCUGGAGGAUUGCUCCAUUGGAUCUCGUGGAUUCUCUGGAUGUCCAGAUGAAGGACACGAAGAACGACAAUGAGAAGUAGACUGUUAUAAAUUAUUUUGAAUUCCAAAGCUUUGGUCCUCAAUUCAUUUCAAAAUUCCUUGAAACCAAACGCUUUUCAAUUUUCGAUUUUGUUCGUUAAAUAAUAAACUUUUAGUCGAUUUUAUCUAUGAUGGAAUCUUACA